UUCACAGCUCUCUGCUCCAUAUCUGAAUGUGUUCAGCGUCAGUAUCACUUUAUUACUGAGAAGAAGACCUGGACUGAAGCUCAGAGAUACUGCAGAGAGAAUUACACAGAUCUGGCUACCGUUGACAACAUGAACGACAUGAUCCAGCUGGUAAAGACUGUGAAUAAUGGAGGUUUUCAGAAUAUCUGGAUUGGUCUUAUGAGGGCGAGUGUUUAUACGUGGCAUUGGUCUUCAGGUGAUUCUGUGCUCUUUCUGAACUGGGCAUCUGGACAACCAGCCGGCAGUGAAAACUGUACUUAUAUGAGUAAUGGACAGUGGACUGUCGAGCCAUGUAAUAUGACUUUAUCCUUCAUCUGCUACAACAUGAGCACAGGACUGGUGUUUGUCAAUCAGAUGAUGAACUGGAGAGACGCUCAGAGUUACUGCAGACAGAAUCACACUGAUCUGGUCAGUGUGAGGAACCAGAAUGAGAAUCAACAGCUGGAGAAGUUCAUUCAUGACAGAAACUCAUCUGGAUCUGCAGUCUGGAUCGGUCUGUUCAGAGACACAUGGCAGUGGUCAGAUCAGAGCAACUCCUCAUUCAGAUACUGGGAUACCAUUGAACCAAACAAUGAUAAAGGUUGUGAAGACUGCACAGUGAUCAAUAAGUACGCUCAGAGACGAUGGAAUGACAUUCCUUGUGGCUUGACAUUUUCUUUUGUGUGUCAUGAAGAUAAACUGAUAGUGAUCCAGCAGAAUCUGUCGUGGUCUGAAGCUCUGAGAUACUGCAGACAGAAUCAUGUGGAUCUGGUCUCGGUUCAGUCAGUGGAGAUGCAGCGUCGUGUGAUGAACGUGGUUAAACUGGCGUCUACUGAGGCGGUGUGGUUGGGUUUACACCACUACUGCAGCAUGAACAUGUGGCUCUGGCUGACUGGAGACAUUGUGUGCUAUCAGAACUGGGCUCCAGGGAACGGCAGCACACCGGAAAACUGCAAACUGGAGAACAGAAAAGGAGCAGUUCAGUCUGGAGGAGAUCAGACCUGGAUCAGCCUUCCUGAAUCUCACAGACUCAACUUCAUCUGCACUAACUACUGAGAGUGAAAAAGAUGUGUUUGUGUGUUUACUCACUUCCACUGUGUUUUUAAUGAGUUAAUCUGCUAUAUGUGCUUUAAUAGCCAAGGGUUUUACUUCUGUAUUUUAUCUAUCAUGAAAUAAUAUGUUCUUAACAACAAUGUUUUAAC